CCCCAACGCAAAUACGCAAUACACAUGACAACAAAAAUUCCACUAACUACCCCAAAAUCUUCUUCAAAUCCUUAGAAAAAAAAUCGCUCCUUUUUUCACCUCAUUUUCCCCCUUUAUUCUCGUAAACCAUGACUUGAAUCGACAAGAAGAAGAAGAAAAAGGAGGAGGAAGAAGUAAAAGGACGAUUUUGCCCUUCAAUCGGAAGAAGAAGCGAUGGGGGCAUCGCUAUCGAACCUCGGUACGAACGGUUCGAUGAUCGGUCCAGGCCUCGGCGACAUACCGGAGGGUUGCGUGGCGCGCGUGUUCCUCCACCUAUCGCCGCCGGAGAUCUGCAACCUUGCGCGACUCAACCGCGCAUUUCGCGGCGCCGCCUCCGCCGAUUCCGUUUGGCAGUCCAAGCUUCCAUCUAACUAUCACGAUCUUCUCGAUCUCGUGCCUCCCGAGAGGUACAAGAAUCUCUCAAAAAAGGACAUUUUUGCCCUCUUAUCUCGCCCCGUGCCAUUCGACGACGGCAAUAAGGAAGUGUGGCUCGACAGGGUGACAGGAAGGGUUUGCAUGGCAAUUUCGGCAAAGGCAAUGGCAAUUACUGGAAUUGACGACCGGAGAUACUGGAAUUGGAUUCCUACAGAAGAAUCUAGGUUCCAAAUUGUAGCAUAUUUGCAGCAAAUAUGGUGGUUCGAAGUGGACGGGGAGGUAAAGUUUCCAUUUCCUCCUGAUAUAUACACACUCUCCUUUCGACUUCACCUUGGACGGUUUUCUAAAAGGCUCGGACGGCGUGUAAGCAAUUACGAACACACUCAUGGUUGGGAUAUAAAACCUGUGAAAUUCGAGUUAUCCACUUCAGAUGGUCAACAUGCAUCAGGCGAAUUCUGCUUGGACGAAACCGAGCUCGACGAUGGAUACGGCAACCAUAAGCGUGGAUACUGGGUAGAUUACAAGGUGGGGGAGUUCAUAGUCAGUGGAUCAGAGCCUAAGACUGAGGUUAGAUUCUCCAUGAAACAAAUUGAUUGUACACAUUCCAAAGGUGGCCUUUGUGUAGAUUCUGUAUUUAUUAUACCUAGUGAUUUGAGAGAGCGUAAGAGAAGAGGCAUUUUGAAAUAGCCACACAUGCAAAUUAGGAAGUUUUUUGUUUAGUAAUGUCAGACUCUGUUAGGGUCUAAAAGCUUAUAUAUAUACUUCUAAACAAAAUUGAGGAUUUGGAGAAAAUAAUCUUCUGCUGAGUUUUUUUU